AUGUUGGAAAGUAUAGCAUCGCCAAGUACAACUGAGAGGAUAAUAAAUGUCUCGAGGUCGCCGAAAACUUUACACAAAAGAAAUACCAAGAAUCUAUCUCUUUCAAUCGACAGAAGUAAUAUAUCGGAAGCCAUUCCAGAGACUUCUAUGAACUGUACAUUCAACGGUACAGAGAAGGCUUGUUUAAAUGCGGCACCCAGAGUCAUCGGCACAAUGCAAAAUGAUUCUUAUAAUAUCUCUUCGUGCAAUAAUAUCAAUGAUCAGGACACUAAUGAAAAGACUGACGCUGCACCCGUAUUAGCGCCAAAUAAGAAAGGCGAUGCUUCAAUUUAUACCUUAUCUGCAGCUUCAAAAAGUACGAGUGCUUCACCAAUAUAUGCUAGUUUCAAAUGUAAUGAAUCUGGAAAAUUAAACAGGAACCACUCGAUGUCAUUAUCAAUAAAGACCAAGAAUUUAAGGACGCACAGUCGAAAUCGUUCACAAACAAUAACUGCUGCAAGUUUAAAGGCACAUACUUCUGCGUUAAGUAGUAAUGAGAAAGCAACCACGGUAUGGGUCUUCCCAGAGAGUGAACAGCGUCUGAAUAAUAGUUUGACUAACCAUACAUCCAAUAAUAAUGUUGAUUUUAUCCACUCAGAAAUUUAUAAUCAAAAUGCCUAUCCAAAUGGUCCAUUACUAGUAAUACCUCCUAAUAUUUACCUUUAUUCAGAGCCAAAAAUAGAGGAUAUUUUAGGCUUUGAUCUCGUAAUCAAUGUAGCUGAAGAAGUUCCAGAUCUGUUAGAUGACAUAAAUAAACACGGAAGGCAUAUCGUUUAUUAUCAUGUGAAAUGGUCGCAUAAUUCUAGCAUUGUUGAAAAUCUUAAAGGUUUAACUGAAUUGGUUCAUCAAUAUGAUGUCCAAAACAAAAAAAUCCUAAUUCAUUGUCAGUGUGGUAUAUCGAGGUCUGCUUCAUUAAUCGUAGGUUACAUAAUGAGGUACAAUAAUCUGAACUUAAAUGAUGCAUAUUCAAAACUAAAACUGGUUGCUAAAGAAAUUAGUCCAAAUAUGGGAUUGAUUUUCCAACUUAUGGAAUGGAACGAAAGACUAAAUUCUGAAAUCAAUAACGAUUUAUCAUCAGAAAGCCCAAAUUUUUUGUUUGAUAUAACUUCAGAUGCAGCUACAAACAGCAAAGUCAUUAUAAAUGAUGCUCUAAGCGAUUUGGACACUUUAUUUGGUGAAGACCAAAAAAAUGGCAAUAUAGUUACCAUAAAUGAACUAGAUUCUAAUGAAUUAAUAUCGACGAAUAAUUUGUGA